AUGUCGAAUACAAAUCAAAAUCUAUCCUCAGUUGAUCAAGAUUCUAAUUCACAACACCAAGAAAAUUCAAUUUCAUCAGUAUCUCAACAAAAUGAUAUUCAACAAAGAUCAACACCAAAUAAUCGUAAUCCUCCUAUUCGACGACGUCAAUCACCAUGGGAAAUAAUCAAAUCUUUUCUAUUUCGAAUAUUAAUGAUUUAUUUCGUUACACGAUUUUUUCAUCGACCAACAACAGUUCAUACAAUAGAAAAUAGAACAUUACCAAUUAAUCCAUCAAUUUCUAAUAAUGCUUAUAUGUCUAAAAAUCUUUAUACAACUGGUGAUUUAUUCGAUAUUUAUAUAUUUAUUAACGAAGAACAAAUUUAUAGAUAUGAUCGAAUGAGAAAACCUAUUUGGAUAUUGAAUCAUUUUAAAUAUGGAGAUUGGACAUCAGAAGGAACACAUAUUAAAUUUAUUGAGUUUCCUAUUUCAGAGAAUGUAAAAAAUAAUGGUUCAAUUUAUUUACAUGUUGUUGUAACAAAACAUGGAUUUUCUAUUGAUCCAAAUCAACGUGAAUCUCAUUCACCACAAUAUACAUUUUGGAAAAGUAAACGUUUAAAUAAAUAUAGAAAAAAAGUUUAUAAAAAAACAAAAAAUCUUUUAACGGGUAAUACUCAACAAAAUGAAGAAUAUCAAAAGAAAGCUGAUGAUAAUGUCAUUGAACUUUUAUCACAUUGGCAUUCAAAUAUGACAAUUAAUUUACUUGAUGAUCAAUCAUCAUGGAUGAAAGGCAGUAUACCACCACCAUUGGAUAAAUAUGUUAAUUUUGAUGUGUAUACUGGACAAUAUUAUCCAGUUCUUUAUUUAAAUGAUUAUUGGAAUCUUCUUGCUGAUUAUUAUCCAAUUAAUAAUACAAUCGAUAAAUUAAAUUUAACAAUUACUGUUGCACCAAUACAAUUAUGGAAAUGGCAAAUGUUUAUAUCACAAAAUACACGUCAAUCAUGGUAUGGAAAUUUAUUUGGUGAUGAACAGAAUGAUGAAGAUCAAGAUACAAUUAAACGUGCACUUGUUGAAACAAAUCCAUAUUUACUUAUAAUGACUAUAAUUGUUUCACUAAUACAUACAAUUUUUGAAAUAUUAGCAUUUAAAAAUGAUAUUCAAUUUUGGCGAACACGAAAAUCUCUUGAAGGUUUAUCAGUUCGAAGUGUCUUCUUAAGUAUAUUUCAAAGUUUUAUUGUCUUAUUAUAUGUAUUUGAUAAUGAAACAAAUACAAUGGUUCGUAUUAGUGUUUUUGUUGGUAUAAUUAUUGAAUUAUGGAAAGUACCAAAAAUUGUUAAUUUUCAAUGUUUACCAAAUGAAACAUGGUUUGGUAUAAUACCAAAAUAUAAAUAUGUUUAUAAACAAUCAUAUAAAGAUACAACAACAUCGGAAUAUGAUCGAAUGGCUUUUAAAUAUUUAUCAUGGAUUUUAUUUCCAUUAGUUGUUGGUUAUGCAUGUUAUUUAUUAAUGUAUCAUGAACAAAAAAGUUGGUAUUCAUUUUGUUUAAGUACAAUUUAUGGAUUUUUAUUAACAUUUGGUUUUAUUAUGAUGACACCGCAAUUAUUUAUUAACUAUAAACUUAAAUCUGUAUCACAUCUACCAUGGCGUAUGAUGACAUAUAAAGCAUUAAAUACAUUUAUUGAUGAUUUAUUUGCUUUUGUUAUUAAAAUGCCAACAAUGUAUCGACUUGGAUGUUUUCGUGAUGAUAUAAUAUUUUUUAUAUAUCUGUAUCAACGUUAUAUUUAUCCAGUAGAUCGUACACGUAUGAAUGAAUUUGGUACAACAGGUGAAACAGAUUCUAGUAUUAUACCUGUUGAUCAUGAGAUAUUAAGAACUAGUCAAAAUUCUAAUAGUCAAGUAGAACAAUCAAUGUCAGAUACAAUAAACGAGCAACAUGAAAAAGUCGAAUAA